AUAUUUCAACUAAACUGAUUGUUUUAAUAGCUAUGUAUAAUUUUUAUACAUUUUGCUGCGUAAUGUUGGCAUAUUCAACAUCUUCAUGAUAAAAAACUCAUCCAUAGGUCAGUGCAAAUUCUGCAGUACUGAAUUGUGUCACUGGAGCGAGCAAGAUGACUUUCGUAAACUGUCCCAAGCCCCACAGUCAGCAGCACAUUUAACAGUGCUGGGGAUGGCGGUAUAUGGAUGCUUUUGCAACCUAUUCUUCCUGCCACCCAUUCAACGCCAUCAUCAGCUUGUGCUGGCAAAGAGAGAGGUGUGCUGCUAGCUAGCUGGUUGGGAAAAGCGUUUGACGGUGGUUAGCCAGAUAGAUAUUCAGCAUAAAGGCUGCAAGCAGUCAGCGGAACUCUGGAUGGUUUUCUAGCUUUUUGAUAAAAUACAUGGCUUUAAUGAUGUCGUCAGCACGCGACGGAAUAACUUUUUUCUGAAACAACCACUUGAAGACUAACCUAAACUAGCUAGCUAAAAAGUGACUAGUUAUUUUAAUUGGUUCAUAGCUUUAGCUAGCUGCAAGCUAAUCUUCGACACAAAGCUACUGACUGUUAGUUGGCUAUAUUGUGAACUUCAUGGCCAACAAAAGGACUCUUGUCUGAUGAAGCACAUCACAGGAUUUACUUUUCCAGCUCUAAAAAGUAGCACGACUCCACUGGAGAAGGACGCAAAAUGAAGAAACAGUUCAAUCGGAUGAAACAACUCGCCAACCAAACAGUUGGCAGAGCAGAGAAAACAGAAGUUCUCAGCGAUGACCUUCUACAGAUUGAGCGGCGCAUGGAGAUGGUACGCGUGGUCUCCCACAACACACACAAGAGGAUGGUCACGUGUCUGCAGGGCCACAUUGGCACCGACGCAGAGAAGAGACAUUCCGUACCACGCCUAUACACAGGAAAUGGUCAGAAAAAGCUUCCUCUGACAGCGCUGUCUCAAGCCAUGGUGGACGGAGGCAGUCAGCUGGGAGAGGAGUCUCUGAUUGGGAAAAUGAUGGAGGUGUGUGGAGAGGCAGAGAACAGGCUGGCGUCAGAGCUGCUGCAGCAUGAGGUUCAGAUAGAGAAAGACAUGCUAGACCCCCUAAACCAGCUAGCAGAGGUGGACAUUCCCAACAUCCUCAAACAGAGGAAGCAGCUAGCCAGGCUAGUUCUUGACUAUGAUUCUGCCAGAGCGAGGUGGUUGCAGGCAACCAAGUCGAUAAUCUCAGGAACAAACACUCAAGCACUGACGGCCAAGGCAGACCUGCUCAAAGAGGAGGUGGAUGAAGCAAUGAAUAAAAUGGAACUGUGCAAGGAUCAACUGGCUGCAGACAUGUACAAUUUCUUCUCAAAGGAAGGGGACUAUGCCUGCUACUACGUUAUGCUCUUAGAGGCCCAAGCUGAUUACCAUAGAAAAUCUCUGACUGUCCUCGAGAGUGUCCUGCCAACCAUACAAGCACAGCAAGACUCGUGGACAGAGAAGCCAGCGUUUGGGACGGGUCUGGAGGAGCAUCUGAAGAGGAGCAGCAGAGAGAUCGCUCUGCCAUUAGAGGCCUGCAUCAUGAUGCUGCUGGAGACUGGCAUGAAGGAGGAGGGCCUCUUCAGGAUCGCAGCAGGGACCUCAAAACUGAAGAAGCUCAAGGCUGCUCUGGACUGUUCCACCUCACAGCUGGAGGAGUUCUACUCAGACCCCCACGCUGUCGCUGGAGCCCUGAAGUCUUACCUGAGAGAACUACCUGAACCUCUGAUGAGCUUUCAGCUUUACGACGAGUGGAUUCAGGCGUCUAGUGUUCUAGAGCCAGACAAGCGACUGCAGGCCCUCUGGGUUGUGUGUGAUCAAUUACCAAAGAACAACAAAGCAAACCUAAGGUAUCUGGUGAAGUUCCUGUCCAAGCUGGCUCAGGACAGUGAGGUCAACAAGAUGACCCCUAGCAACAUCGCCAUUGUACUGGGACCAAACCUGCUGUGGGCCAAAACGGAGGGCACUCUAGCUGAGAUGGCUGCUGCUACCUCUGUUCACGUGGUGACCAUCAUAGAACCCAUCAUACAACACGCUGACUGGUUCUUCCCUGAGGAUGUGGAGUUUAAUGUAUCAGGGAUGUUUGCCAUGCCCACCCCUCCUUCCAACCACAUCAACCACUCUAUGGAGUACGACUGUUCCACCAUCGAGAGGAAGAGGCCUGGUAGCAUGGUGGGGCCAGAGAACGAUACACUUCGCAAGGACAGUUCUGCUAACAAACUGUCGGACCAUAACACCAUCCCCCGUAGAGGCAGCAACACGUUAGGUAGAAAGCAGCAUGUUUCACCCGCCUUCCUGCCCCCCUUACCCCCUGUGGAGUCCCCAGGGCCUGGGCAGGUCACGGGGUGUGUGGCCGAGCUCCAGGCCCCGCCGGAGGGCUGCCAGCCUAGCCUGGCACUGGGUAUGGCUGCCCUGGUGGCAGCGCAGCAGCUUCUAGCUACCACCACGGAGGGUCUCAGCAACCCAAAGCGUGACCCCACCUCCACCCAGACCCUCCAUCAAAGGAACGGUUCAGGAGGGGACAACCCGGGCACAGCCAGCCCAGCAGGAGGAGGUGGAGCAGGGGGACAGCUGGGAGUGGUAGGCCCUGGGGCCGGAUCCAUGGGGCCCAGUCCACACAUGAUGCGCAGAGGUACAAAGAAGCCAGCCCCUGCCCCUCCCAAGCUGCCCAACCCCCCUAUAGGCCAGCCCAGUAACCUCACCAACCACAACCCCUCCUCGGGCCAGUCCCUCAGCCCCUCCCCCAGACCCAUCUCUUCCUCAAGCCACUCCCCUACCUCCCCCACCCUGCCCACAUCCCAGCCCUCCACCACCCCCCGCCGCCACUCCAACAACCAGCCCUCCAUCCAGGCCCCCAACCACCCACCCCCACAGCCCCCCACACCCUCACAGGUCAGCCCCCCAUCCCAACCCAGGGCCCUCGGCCAUCCCACAGGAGACAACCCGGGGGCGGAAUAUUCUCCAACAGACACCCCCACCCCGCCUGAUACACCUCCACCCUCCACCGUCCCCCAGGACAUACCCAGUGCCCAUCCUGCCUCCACCUUGCCCUUCCAGUCAGGCUCCCUCCCCCGACCACGCCCCGUCCCCAAACCCAGAAACAGGCCCAACAUUCCUCCGCCCCCUCAGCCCCCCACACAGGGAAAUGAUACCAACGGGAUCUGCAGCACAGCCUACAAAAUCAUGGGUUAAGGAGCAUUUAUGAAAGAGACCCAGCGCUGUCUCUCAAAGGGUUGACCCGAGCCUUCGUCCCGGAGUUUGCUGUGGACCAGCAGCCAGUGACCGCCCCCUCCAUGGCCCCCAUGGCAUCCGUAUCUCAGCCCAAAGACUCAGACCUGGACACAGAGAGUACCAUCCUAUAAUGAAGAGGACUGGGCUUGGCUCUCUCUCCCCUCCAUCUCCUCUCCAGGUGUGGGUAGAAGUUGACCCUAACCACAGGUCCAGGGUCAGAUAGUAGUUUCAUCCCCUAAUGGAUAACUAUACGACUAGGUAUAGGGAGAUUUGGUCCUAGAUCUGUGGUUAGUGGUAACUUCUACCGCAGGCUCCCCUCAGCCCUCAGAUCACCACACCUCUGCUGCUCUCUGCCAACUCCACCUCCGUGUCCACCACACACUAACUUACCCACCAUCAUUACCACCUUGGUCCGCUCCACCUCAGCCUUGUUACAGCUACUACUAUAUACAAUCAACACAACCACCUUAGGGGGACUACAGAACAGCCUUGAUUAAAACGGUAUGUUUUUGCAUGGGAUGUUGCACCUGAAGGGACUGGUAGUAGUAGUAAGUGGGUUGUUAAGUGGACUGACUGACUUUGAUAUUGGUGUUUUGUUGUUGAUUAUGAUGAUGGCCUUAGAACUGAAGAAUACUAUUUGUAAAUGUAAAGCACAGGAAAUGUGGGUAAAAGUAGAACCCCCCCAAAAAAAGAACUGUUGCUGAAAGUGUAGCUUGUGACUGCAGGUUUCCAGUCGUCUCAAACACUUUGACCGUUUUAUCCCUGUUUUGUAUGAAACCUAUCCUUUGCUCUUUGUAUUUAUUUCCAAAAACGCAUUCCCUGUGGCUUAAGUUAAAAAUCAUGCAGUUUUCUGAAUUGUGCCUUACUGGUUCCAUAACUUGUUGUAGCAGUGUUAGGUCAAUAAACUGUGUAUAUGCUGAGCCUCUUGGAUUGUAGGGGCCUUCCUAACCUUCUGUGUUUACUCUGAUGUUUUUGGGGCAUUAAAGUGACAGUUCCACUAUAAGUGAAUGUUGGAAAGGACGGUUUUAAGCGCUUCUACUAUAGCUACUUUGUCAUCUGUCUGGUGAAUCACUUCAACAGUUGAUAUUGAACCAAGUCUAAACCCCACAAACGUUUGCUUUCCAGUGAGCAGGUUUCUAUAUGGAAGAUCAUUCUGCGAUCCUUCCCACGGAGCUGGGUUUUACACACAAACUGAUGUAACAACCUAGUAGUGAGGUGGUGUUGGAUUCACUAUACUUUUUUUCUGUGUUGCUUUUCCUUUAAUAUAAUGCAGGGUUGUGCUCCUAGAGAACCUGAAUGGUACCAACUAAAGGGCACAUUUCUGGACGCUUCAGUUGCCCUGAACACAUGUUCAGUAAUUGUACUGCUUUUCAGAGACGAUCAUCAUCCCUAUAGUCUUACUGAGAUCCCCCCCCCUUCUCUCUUUCUCCUUUAACUUGCUGCCUUAUCCGUCUGCAGAAAGAGCACCUUGGUUGGAGGCUCUGAAAGACUAACAAGCCAUUUAACUAGAAAUGUUAAAGCUGCAUUUUAAGCUCAGUUUUGUAUGCAGACUGUUGAGCUUAAACAAGAAAUACAUCAAAUGGCAAAUGAAUGCUUGGUUAUACUCCCUGUCUGAAUAAAAUAUAUGAAGAAAAAGUUUAAA